CUGGGGAUUGUUGUUGUUGUUAUUAUUAUUAUUCAUAUGUGAUCCAGCAAACAGGUUCAUCCAUAGAAAGGCUCGUGUUUAUCUUUAAAUGGGCAGCUCGACGCGUUUUAGUAAAAAGGCCAAACUUAGUUUAUAAAUACGUCGAUUUGUAGUUGUUUGAGCCUUCGUGACUUGUGCACAAAAUAUUAACAGCACUCUGUGACGUGUUGCAUAUCAAAUAGCAUUAAACAUGAAUUCGGCGUUAAUGUCAGAGAAGAAUUGUCUCUUAGAACGAUUAUAAAUGGACUUUAACCUGCAGCUUCCGGUUGUUGCCAUGGCCGCUUGCACCGGCUGUUGCUAGUCGUGCACGUGUAAGAGUCGAGAUCGAUCCAAAUAACCGUUGAUUUGACACAAACGUGGAAGCCGAAUGUACAAGUGCUCCGUGUGGAAUCGCAGCUUUCAGUGUCAUGUGGUGAGCGUCCUCCUGGUCCUCCCGGUCCUCCCUGUCCUCUGAUCACAGCAACGGGCCUGAGGAGGGACCAGCGUUCCUUCCGGAGACGUCUUCCAGCCGGCCACUCUGGAGCCGCCACCACGCACACCGGAGAAGGACGGCGUCUCUGCAGGACCAGCAGAGCGGGACGGCGCCAUGGAGCCGCCGGAGGACGCGGGGGGGCGGAGCUUCGUGGAGGUCCUGAGCGAGAAGUACAGCCCGGAGAACUUCCCCCUCCGCAGGGGACCCGGUAUGGGAGUGGUGGUGGUCCCCACAGCGGCCCCCCAGGGCUCCGCAAUGAAAGACCGGCUGAACAUGCCCACCAUCCUGGUGCUGAACAGCUGUGGGAUCCGUCGGGCCGGAGACCAGACGGAGAUCGCUGCCUUCUGCGCCCACGUCAUCGAGCUGGACCUCUCGCACAACCAGCUGCAGGACUGGAGAGAGAUCAGCAAGAUCGUGUCCAACAUUCCGAACCUGGAGUUCCUGAACCUGAGCUCCAACCCUCUGUCCGGCCGCAGCCUGGAGCCGCGGUGCGCUGGGGGCUUCUCCCGGGUCCGCCGCCUGGUCCUCAACAACACGCGUGUGUCCUGGGACACGGUGAUGCUGCUCACCAGCGAGAUCCCCGAGCUGGAGGAGCUGUUCCUGUGCCUUAACGAGUACGGGGCCGUGGGGGCCUCCGGCGUGGCGUGCCCCACCCUGCGGCUGCUCCACAUCACCCACAACGGCCUGCAGGACUGGGCCGAGGUCCGCAAGCUGGGCCCCAUGUUCCCGGGCCUGGACACGCUGGUCAUGUCCAACAACAACCUGUCCUCCAUCCAGGACGGGGAGGACGUCCUCAGGAGACUAUUCCCCAACCUGCGCAGCAUCAGCCUGACCAACUCGGGUCUGAGCCGCUGGGAAGACAUCGAGAAGCUCAACUGGUUCCCCAAGCUGGAGGAGGUGCGUCUGCAGGGCAUCCCGCUGCUGCAGAGCUACACCAACGCCGAGCGCCGCAGCCUCAUGAUAGCGCACCUCCCUGUGAUCUCUCUGCUAAACAGCAGCGUAGUGAGCGACUGUGAGAGGGAGGACGCCGAGAGGUUCUUCAUCCGUUACUACGUGGACCACCCGGAGGAGGAGCAGCCGAACAGAUACCACUCCCUGGUGACCAAGUACGGGAAGCUGGAGCCGCUCGCUGAGAUUGACCUCCGACCCCGCAACCGCGCCCUGGUGGAGGUUCGCUGUGAGGACAAGGUGGAAGAGCUGAGCAUCCGCCUGGACCAGACGGUGGCGGAGCUGAAGAAGCAACUCACCACGGUGGUGCAGCUGUCCACCAGCAGCAUGAGGAUCUACUACAUCGACAAGGGCAGCGCCUUCGGCCCGGAGGAGAUGAAGUACAACACCCGGGCGGUGCACUCCUACAGCAUCCAGGACGGAGAUGAAAUACUGGUGGUGCCCAAGACCAAGUGACCCGGCCGGCUCGAUCCGAGUGAUUCGCUGAUUGAUUAAUUAAAUCAGCUGAAUCAAUGAGCUUUGUUUUUUUUCAGGGAGCCUCCACCUACAGACAAACCUGUCCAGCUAGCAGCCGCAUUCCACAGCCACCAAAGCUGAUUUAAAACAUCCGUUGUCUUCUUUGCGUCUUCUGGCCCUUCAGAAGACGUCCGUCCCCACGCUCUCUGGAGUGUGUUUUGAAGAGAACGAUUACCCGAUCAUAAAUUCAUGCAUGGGGUAUUUUAAUGUUGUGUGUUUUCUGGAGAAGGCUUGGUACCGGAGUGUUUGUGGGGCCGUGGUGAUGGCGGUACCCAUCAUGCACUGGGCCAGUUUAAAGCGGCUGUGAUGAAGGUCGGUACCGAGAGGUUUCUCCUUCCAGGUUGAGGAACCACAGGUUUGCUGUGUGUGGUCAACGGCGAUGAAGAUGAAGCAAAAACCAUCUGGAAGCUCUUCCUCUCACCGGUCCAUCUACGUUCCGGCUCUCAUCUGCGCUCAUGGGCUUCUGGGUAGUGGCGGAGAACCGACAUCCGAGACGUCGCAGCCAGCUGAUCUGAUCUUCCUUUGCAGAAGCUCAGCAGGCUGGAGGACUUGUUCACACACACAUAUAUAUAAAGUUUGCACACCUUGUCACUUAAUUGAAUAAUAUUCAGUCUUAGACGAGUCUAUCAAACCUCAGAUCAUUUACACAGUUUAACUAUGAGUGUAAACUCAAUUUUACCGCCCAUCGUUCUCCAAUAUUCCAAUAAGCUUUUCUCUGAUCAUGUUAAAUUGUAAGCAACCAGUCAAUCCAUCUAUUGAGAAGAUAAAAGUCCAGGUUUGAUCGUAUCUGUCUGCUAGCUUAUCCCGCUAACACAGCUAGCCUGGAUUCAUCUGCGCACCCUUGGGUUCCAGGUGGUUGGGUUUGAGCUUUCAAACUUCCUCUUCAUGGAUAUGUGAUCUUGUUUUGUGCUUUUAUCUACUUCUAAUCAUUCUUCAUGCUUUAACGUGACUACGUAAGUCACAUUAUGUCUUCACUUACUCGCGUACGCUGUCGUUUUAUGGACCUUUAACCUUUAUCUUCCUGCUGCCAGUGAUGGAUGGUUGUAGACGAUAUGGAAGCGAUAUCUGUAUAUAUAUAUAUAUAUAUAAUUUCAGUUUAUUAAAUAUAACACUGUGCUCUACAUGAACAUUACAAGGUUCAAAGAUUCACCACAUGUAUGACCCAAAGCCAAAGAGAGACAAAGGUUUGCUAUAUGUUUGUUGCCCUGAAGACGUCUGUCUUCUCUCCAAUGUAAUGGGACUAACUCAAGCUGACUCGGUUUCGACAGAGCCUGAAGGAACUAUUUUAUUUCAACCACUAAUAAAGAUCACUACUAAUAAAGCAACGAAACAACA